UUUUUUCUAUAUAUCUCUUGUAUCUUACUCUAUUGUACGUGCAUGGUUUUCAGAUUAUUCGAAAAGGGUUCUGUCAGACCAAACACGUGGAACACAAACCACUAGUUUACUUGAGUUCUCUCUGCUCUCACUAUCGCCAACACCAACGCCAACAUUAGCACCAACUCCAACGCCAAUGCCAUUGCCAACACCAACACUAGCACCAACUCCAACGCCAAAGCCAACCCCAAAGCCAACCCCAAAGCCAACGCCAACACCAGCACCAACACCAGCAGCACCAACACCAGCAGCACCAACACCAGCAGCAGCUCCUACUCCUACAUCAAACACUCAAGAUCAAUCUCAUUAUGCUACUAGAAAUAAAAGGAACAAAAAGAGGAAACUCAUUAUUAUAGGUGCUACAAGUGCAGCGAUUAUUGUAUUGCUGAUAUGUUUGGCCAUUCUGUGUUUGAGAUACAAGUCAUCGUUGUGGCAAGAACAUUUUGGGUUGACUACAAAAAGUAACCAAAAUAUUGAAGCAUUCCUUAAAAAUCAUGCUGCUCUAACUAUACAAAGGUAUAGCUUAUCAGAGGUCAAGAAAAUGACAAGCAACUUCAAAGUUAAACUAGGACAAGGAGGUUUUGGUGCAGUGUACCAAGGAAAGCUAUCCAAUGGUAGUCACGUAGCUAUAAAGAUGUUAAACGAAACAAAAAAGAAUGGUGAAGAAUUCAUCAACGAGGUUGCAAGCAUCAGUAGAACUUCUCAUGUUAAUAUUGUCACUCUUCUUGGAUUCUGUCUGGAAGGCCGUAAGAGGGCUCUCGUUUAUGAGUUUAUGUCAAACGGUUCCCUUGACAGAUUCAUUUAUAGAGAACCUGAAAACAUUGCACUCUUGAGUUGGGAUAUUAUAUAUCAAAUCUCAAUGGGUAUAGCUCAGGGGUUAGAAUACUUGCACAGAGGAUGCAAAACUCGAAUUUUACAUUUUGACAUAAAGCCUCAUAACAUCCUUUUGGAUGAGAUGUUUUGUCCUAAGAUAUCUGAUUUUGGGCUGGCAAAACUUUGUCCUAGAAAUGAAAGCAUCAUUUCUAUGUCUGAUGUCAGAGGAACUAUGGGGUAUGUAGCUCCAGAAGUGUUGAACAGACAUUUCGCAGGAGUUUCACACAAGUCUGAUGUUUAUAGUUAUGGAAUGAUGUUGCUAGAAAUGGUAGGAGGAAGGAAAAACAUUAAUGGUGAAGCUAGCCACACUAGUGAGAUAUAUUUUCCGAAUUGGAUACAUAAGAGACUUCAGUUGUUCAAUGAUUUCAGAUUCGAUGAAGUGAUGACCCCUGAAGAGAAUGAAGUAGCAAAGAGAUUGACCAUUGUGGGUCUAUGGUGUAUUCAAACCUUUCCAAAUGACAGACCAACGAUGAGUAGAGUAAUUGACAUGUUGGAAAACAGCAUGAAUUCCUUGGAAAUGCCACCAAAACCUUUGCUUUCAUCUCCUAACAGAUCAGUGUCAGAAUCUUGCUCUUGA